GCCAGCGCGGCGCUGGCCGCCCUCGCCUCCCACCAAGGGCGCUGAGCACGCACGCCGCCGACCUGGCGGGGUUCACGGGGCCCGGGCCCAGCCGCCGCCUCCCACAGGCGCUCCUACUCUCCGGGCAUCUGCAGUCCGAGCGGAAGGGGCGGGAACGCCGGCGACGCUGAGGAGCAAAGCACACGCUCGGCUUCCCGGGGCAGCGGACGGCCUCCUUCUUCCCGGCGCAGACGCCCCUCCCAGGAGGGGGCGGGCCCGGCGGGUCGGGGGGCGGGGCCGGGGUCGGGGGGGCGGGGCCGGCGUCCGCGCUCCGGCCCGCCUCCGCCUCCGCCAGCUCCUGUGAGCCGCCGAGUGCUAGGCACCCGGGCUGUUCUGGGGGCUCCAGAGGCGCCGCCCAAGAGACCCUGGGCCAGCGCUGGGCGCAGCUGCCUCUCCGCGUUUGCCUGUCCGUCUUUGUGUCUGUCUCUGUGUCUGUCUGGCUAUCUCCGAGUUUGCCUCCGCUUCCAGAACUAAGCCACCCAGACACCAUCAUCCCGAAACCUCAAGCCCUUCUCCCAUGGCAGGUAAGUGUGCGCGCAAGUCCGGGGGUCUCCGUUAUCCCCCCACGGACUUAAGAGCCGGGUGCGAACACAUCCUCCCGGAAUGUGCUCGGACUGGCUGGGUGGGGCCCCUCCCUUCCUUCCGGGGAACCUCCACCCUGCUCCCCUGCCCCAUCUUUCUCUGCCUCUUGCCACCACGUUUCUCCUGAAGCCUUGCGACCCAUGGGCUGAAGAAUAAGGGGAUGAGGCCUUGGGUCCCUUUCUCAUCUAUCCUGCCCCCACCGCUUUACAGGCUACUUGCCCCCCAAAGGCUACGCCCCUUCGCCCCCACCUCCCUACCCUGUCACCCCUGGGUACCCGGAGCCGGCGCUACAUCCUGCGCCCGGACAGGCGCCAGUGCCCGCCCAGGUACCUGCCCCAGCUCCCGGCUUCGCCCUCUUCCCCUCGCCCGGUCCCGUGGCCUCGGGGUCUGCUGCCCCCUUCUUGCCACUGCCUGGGGUGCCUUCCGGCCUCGAAUUCCUGGUGCAGAUUGAUCAGAUUUUGAUUCACCAGAAGGCUGAGCGAGUGGAAAUCUCCCCGUGUCACCCCGGGCAGCGUUCCUAGGCUGGGAGACCUGUAACCGCUAUGAACUGCGCUCUGGGGCCGGGCAGCCCCUGGGUCAGGCGGCCGAGGAGAGCAACUGCUGCGCCCGUCUGUGCUGUGGCGCCCGCCGGCCGCUGCGUGUCCGCCUGGCCGACCCCGGGGACCGCGAGGUGUUGCGUUUGCUCCGCCCGCUGCACUGUGGCUGCAGCUGCUGCCCCUGUGGCCUCCAGGAGAUGGAAGUACAGGCUCCCCCAGGUACCACUAUCGGCCACGUGCUACAGACCUGGCAUCCCUUCCUCCCCAAGUUCUCCAUCCAGGAUGCCGAUCGCCAGACAGUCCUGCGAGUGGUGGGGCCCUGCUGGACCUGUGGCUGUGGCACAGACACCAACUUUGAGGUGAAGACUCGGGAUGAAUCCCGCAGUGUGGGCCGCAUCAGCAAGCAGUGGGGGGGCCUGGUCCGAGAAGCCUUCACGGAUGCAGAUGACUUUGGCCUACAGUUCCCACUGGACCUGGAUGUGAGGGUGAAGGCUGUGCUGCUGGGAGCCACGUUCCUCAUUGACUACAUGUUCUUUGAGAAGCGAGGAGGCGCGGGGCCUUCUGCCGUCACCAGUUAGAGGCCACCAUGGUGUGAGGAGACCAUCACCUCGACGAGAACUCCAGAUGGUUGCCUGCACUGGCCCCUCCUCCGGGCGGCCCCUUUCCUCCAUGUACACUGCAGGGGACAGAAGGGGGCCCCCACCCCUACCCUACUCCCUGGCCUCCUGCCCCUGUGGUACCCAAGGAGGGGUAUGUAUGAGAGCCCCUCUCCUGCUACCUCCCACCAUUGUCCCAGCAGUCCCUUGGCACACACGCUUAUCAGCUUUCACGCUUUCCCCACGCACUCCCUCCCAUCCCCUUCCAGGGCCUCUGCUCCAAAGGAGGCCUCUGGAACCCAGGACUCUGGGGUUUUACAAGAGGGCUGGGGUGGGGAAGGGCAAGCUGCACCAAAGAUGGUGGACAUAGCCACCCCCCAGCAUCUGCUUGGCCAAUUAGUUCAGCCUCAGACCAUGGCACUUCAACGGGGUCUCCACCUCCCCAUCAACAGCUGCAGGGGGACCCCAGUGCCAACUUCCUCUCCCACUAGGGCCCUGCCCUCAGCUGGUGCUUGCUGCAAUUCCUGUGCCUUAUGUAACCGCCCUUCCUUCCCUUGCCCUAGGAAAAAGGCUGCAUCUUUAUAUGUUACAUUCAUAUAAACUUUGUAACUUUUUGGACAUUGAAA